AUGCAGGGAGGAUUAGUGGAGAACGUGUGUACCUUUCUGAGGAGAUUAGUCAACCAACCCAUGUGUAGGCGUACUAGGCCUGUGUUCUCACUUACUGAACAAGAAGGAGCCCCAUCUAUACGGUUUCCCCUUGGAAGACUCGAGGGUGGCAGAGAGAAGGAGCGCGGGGACUCCGAGCGUCGCCAAAGUGCCCGGCACGGCUCCCGCGAGCGCGGAGGGGCAGGUGCCCUUUCCCCGACGUCGCCGCGCCCCCUCCCGGGGCACCCGGCGCCCUUUGAGCCCCCGCCCCUAGCUCGGCGCGGAGGGAGGCGCCUGUGCACCGAGGGCCGCUGCCUGCGCGCGGAGCCCGGCGACGGCGCGCAGACCUGGGCCCGCUUCGCGCGCCCCCCGGUGCCCGAGGCCGCGGGCCUCCUCCACGACACUUUCCCCGACGGCUUCCUCUGGGCUGUGGGCAGCGCCGCCUACCAGACCGAGGGAGGCUGGCGGCAGCACGGCAAGGGCGCGUCCAUCUGGGACACUUUUACUCAUCGGCCCCCCGCGGCCGCCAGCGACCCCAGCGGGGCCGGCCAGCCGUCGGGAGCCCCAUUACCUACCACUGGAGACGUGGCCAGCGAUGGCUACAACAACGUGUUCCGUGACACCGAGGGGCUGCGCGAGCUUGGGGUCACUCACUAUCGCUUCUCCAUCUCGUGGGCGCGUGUGUUCCCCAAUGGCAGCGCGGGCGCCCCCAACCGCGAGGGCCUGCGUUACUACCGGCGCCUGCUGGAGAGGCUGCGGGAGCUGGGCGUUCAGCCCGUGGUCACCCUGUACCACUGGGACCUGCCCCAGCGCCUGCAGGACAUCUAUGGUGGCUGGGCUAACCGUUCCCUGGCUGACCACUUCAGGGAUUAUGCUGAGCUCUGCUUCCGCCACUUUGGCAGCCAAGUCAAAUACUGGAUCACCAUCGACAACCCCUACGUGGUGGCCUGGCACGGCUAUGCCACCGGGCGCCUAGCCCCGGGAAUCCCCGGCAGCCCUCGGCUCGGGUACCUGGUGGCUCACAAUCUUCUUCUGGCUCACGCCAAAAUCUGGCACCUCUACAACACUUCCUUUCGUCCAACUCAGGGAGGCCAAGUGUCCAUUGCCCUAGGUUCCCACUGGAUCAGUCCUCGAAGGAUGACUGACCACAACAUCAAAGAAUGUCAAAAAUCUCUUGACUUUGUCCUUGGCUGGUUUGCCAAGCCCAUAUUUAUUGAUGGUGAUUAUCCUGAUAGCAUGAAGACUAACCUUUCAUCUCUUCUACCCAAUUUCACUGAAUCUGAGAAAAAGUUCAUCAAGGGAACAGCUGACUUCUUUUCACUUUCCUUUGGACCAACCCUGAGUUUUCAACUACUGGAGCCACACAUGAAAUUCCACCAAGUGGAAUCUCCCAGCCUGAGACAACUCCUCUCCUGGAUUGACCUUGAAUAUAAUCAUCCUCAAAUAUUUAUUGUGGAAAAUGGCUGGUUUGUCUCAGGGACCACGAAGAGAGAUGAUGCCAAAUAUAUGUAUUACCUUAAAAAGUUCGUAAUGGAAACCUUAAAAGCCAUCAGGCUGGAUGGAGUUGAUGUCAUUGGGUACACGGCAUGGUCCCUCAUGGAUGGUUUCGAGUGGCACAGAGGCUACAGCAUCCGACGUGGACUCUUCUAUGUAGACUUUUUGAGCCAGGAUAAGAAGUUGUUGCCAAAGUCUUCAGCCUUGUUCUACCAAAAGCUGAUAGAGAGCAAUGGCUUCCCUCCUUUACCUGAAAACCAACCCCUAGAAGGGACAUUUCCCUGUGACUUUGCUUGGGGAGUUGUUGACAACUACAUUCAAGUAGAUACCACUCUGUCGCAGUUUACAGACCCCAACAUUUACCUAUGGGAUGUCCAUCACAGUAAGAGGCUUAUUAAAGUGGAUGGGGUUGUGGCCAAGAAGAGGAAAUCCUACUGUGUCGAUUUUGCUGCCAUCCGGCCCCAGAUCACCCUGCUGCAGGAAAUGCAUGUCACGCAUUUUCACUUCUCCCUGGAUUGGGCUUUAAUCCUCCCCUUGGGUAACCAGUCCCAGGUGAACCACACAGUCCUGGGUUACUACCGCUGCGUGGUCAGUGAGCUGGUGCGUGCCAACAUCACGCCUGUGGUUGCUUUGUGGCAGCCUGCUGCCCCCCACCAAGGCCUGCCACGUCCCCUGGCCAAGCAGGGCGCCUGGGAGAAUCCGCGCACAGCUCUGGCUUUUGCAGAAUACGCCAGACUUUGCUUUGAAGAGCUGGGCCACCGGGUCAAGUUCUGGAUCACGAUGAAUGAGCCAUAUACGCGCAACCUGACUUACCGUGCGGGGCAUCACCUUCUGAAGGCUCAUGCGCUGGCUUGGCGUGCGUAUGAUGAGAAGUUUAGACCUAGUCAGAAAGGUAAAAUAUCCAUAGCCUUGCAGGCUGAUUGGAUAGAACCAGCCUGCCCUUUCUCCCAAAAAGACAAAGAAGUGGCCGAGAGAGUGCUGGAAUUUGACAUUGGCUGGCUGGCUGAGCCCAUUUUCGGCUCUGGGGAUUACCCACGCGUGAUGAGGGACUGGCUGAACCAAAGGAGCAAUUUUCUUCUCCCUUAUUUCACUGAAGAGGAAAAAAAGUUAAUCCAAGGCUCUUUUGACUUUUUAGCUUUGAGUCAUUACACAACCAUCCUUGUAGACUGGGAAAAAGAAGAUCCCUUAAAGUACAAUGACUACUUAGAAGUGCAAGAAAUGACUGACAUCACCUGGCUCAACUCCCCCAACCAGGUGGCAGUGGUGCCAUGGGGGCUGCGCAGAGUGUUGAGCUGGCUGAAGUUGAAGUAUGGAAACCACCCCAUGUAUGUAAUUGCCAACGGGGUCGAUGAUGACCCACGGGAGGAGCAAGACAAGUUGAGGAUGUAUUACCUGCAGAAUUAUGUAAAUGAAGCUCUAAAAGCAUACAUACUGGAUGGUGUCAAUCUAUGUGGAUACUUUGCUUAUUCAUUUAAUGAUCGUUCUGCUCCAAAGUUUGGCUUCUAUCGUUAUGCAGCAAAUCAGUUUGAGCCCAAACCAUCUAUGCAACAUUACAGGAAAAUUAUUGAUAACAAUGGUUUCCUGGGCCCUGAAACUCUGGGAAGGUUUUGUCCAGAAGACUAUAGUAUGUGCACAGAAUGCGGCUUUUUUCACACCCAAAAGUCUUUACUGAUUUUCAUUGCUUUUCUACUUUUUGCUGUAAUUAUUUCCCUUUCCCUUAUAUUUUACUACUCUAAGAAAGACAGAAGAAGUUACAAAUAGUCUGAACAUUUUUCCUACUUGUUUGUUUUGAAAUAAUUAUGUGCACACAUCAGCUGUUAACCAUUUGUACCCUUCAGUGUUAUGACACUAAAUUUCAUACAUUUGGCUUCUAGAAACCCUUUUUGAGGCAUAUGGUGAAGGUUUUAAAGUGGGUAGAGGUUACUGUAAAAUACUAAAAAGGUAAAUAUUGUCUGUGUUUCUUCCUUUCUGUUCAUUAAGAAAAGGACAGGUGCCAUAAUUUCUAUAAUAUUUUUUGAGGAAAUCAUGGAAAAUGGUAACCUUUGUACACAAAUGUGAAUGUCGAGACUAGGCAUACAGAGGAGACCUGAGUUCCAACCUGCCUGACAUAUGAACACCUUGGGUUAUACCUAAAAUUUUAGUUUUAACUUAUAGCCAAAGUCUUGAGUUAUGAGCCAAAUACCAGUUUCUUCUGCUUCCAUAUGGUCUCAGAUAUAGAUUUACCUCUCAAAGAGUUCUAGAAGGAACAGUACAACAUCCUUUCCCGAAUAGGCCUCACUGAGAAAUCCUGGGCUAACGUCUCCCUAGGAAUACUGAGAUCAGGAGUAUACAGGAAAGAGACUUUGAAGGCUGUGUGGAAACCUACAGUGGACACCUUGAGUUACAAGCAGCUCUUGGUAAUAAAUUGAGUUCAUAUGUGCUAAUUUACAAACUUUUAAAAUUUCAUAUUUUCCUUUAAGUGAAAACUGCAAGCAUUAGCCUAAAAGGUUAUAUCCCAGGUAACCAUCUCUCAACUGAUGGCAAUGCUUCUUCCUAAUCAAGUUUCCCAUGAAGAUGAUGGCAGGGUACAAACAGGAGAGAAAACUAAGUGGCCCUAGGCUGGAACAUUCCUUUUAAAAGCUAUAUUUCUGUUGAAUGCUGCUAAUAUUAAUUUAUGUAUCUUGUUAGUGGUUUACUUAACAAUUAUGGAUUCUUUUUUGUAUGAUGUUUUGAAGUACUCUCUAAAUCAUAGAUCCUGGGGGUUUUGUCUUCCUCUGCUUAUAGAGGGGUUUGUGCAUAAAAGAUUCUUACUGAAUGUUUUCCAAAGAAUGAAAUAAAGACAAAAGAAAAGAAAAUGAAAGGAAACAUGAAUCCCAAGAUGAUGGGUUCUUCAGAAAGUGGAAAGCAAUAAUGAAAUGCAGAGUACUGCACUGGCCUGAGGUGGAAGAGAGAAGGAAGAAAUAUUUAUGAUGAGCAACAUUAUGAUUAAUUUGAUUAUACAUCCUUUUUUGAGCAGACCUAAGAGUGAAUGAGAUUAUCUUUCCUGAGAAAAUAAGGAUAAAAUAAUAACUCAUCCUGUGAAGAGUGACACCAUUUUUUUGUUCUUUAGACUAUGCUGUAAAUUUUCUGAAUUGAUAAUUUUAAAACAUGUUCAAAAACAAUCAGGUCUGAUAACACUGGAAAACUUGUUUUUGUGAUCUCUAAGAUCCUUUCUGUAUUUUUGCAUAUGUGGAAGUAGCUUUGAACUAGUUUUACAUUGAAGUUUUACACUGAAACAUGUCACUGAUUUCAAUAGAAAGGGCUAAUUAGGUCUUCUCUUUUAAUGCCCUUUAAAUAAAUCUUGUUGAUUUUUAGACAGAGAAGUCUCUCUAUUACACUGGAGUUGUUUUAUAGGUAAGUCAAUAUUGUAUCAGGGAUGAUAAGCCAAUCAUAAGUCAUAAAUAACCUUGCUGACACAGGGUCAUAGUGUAUAAUAAAAUACUGUACUGUACUACGUAUCAUCUGGAGAGGUGGUAUGAUUUUUUCCAUGAAAGAUGAGCUUUUAGUGAAAUUCUUUAUAAAACUAGACUAAUUAUUAAAGUGAGACACUAAAAAUAUAAUCAUUUA